CUUCUGGGAAAGAGCUUUUUGGUUCGGUCGCUGUGUUUUCACGACAGUCCCAGGCUGCUUUACGACUAUUAAAUUUCUCCGCCGACAGAAUCUCGUAACGUGGUGGCAUCCUGCUACGCCAGCGCAGAGAUGAGGCAAAAGAGGAAAGGGGAUCUCAGCCCAGCUGAGCUGAUGAUGCUGACUAUAGGGGACGUUAUCAAGCAGCUGGUUGAAGCUCAUGAGCAGGGGAGAGAUGUCGAUCUAAAUAAGAUGAAAACCAAGACAGCUGCCAAGUAUGGCCUUUCUUCCCAGCCCCGGCUGGUGGAUAUCAUCGCUGCAGUCCCUCCUCACUAUCGAAAGAUCUUGAUUCCCAAGCUAAAGGCAAAGCCCGUCAGGACUGCCAGUGGGAUUGCUGUUGUGGCAGUGAUGUGCAAGCCCCACAGGUGUCCACACAUCAGUUUUACAGGGAAUAUUUGUGUAUACUGCCCUGGAGGACCUGACUCAGACUUUGAGUACUCGACCCAGUCUUACACGGGAUAUGAGCCGACUUCCAUGCGAGCUAUCCGAGCUAGAUACGACCCUUAUAUGCAGACAAGACACCGGAUAGAGCAGCUGAAGCAGCUUGGUCACACUGUGGAUAAGGUGGAGUUCAUCGUGAUGGGUGGAACGUUCAUGGCCCUUCCGGAAGAAUACAGAGAUUAUUUUAUCCGAAACUUACAUGAUGCUUUAUCAGGCCAUACUUCAAACAAUAUUCAUGAGGCAAUCAAGUAUUCUGAGAGAAGCCUCACAAAGUGUAUUGGAAUUACGAUUGAGACUAGACCUGAUUAUUGCAUGAAACGGCACCUAAGUGACAUGUUGACUUAUGGCUGCACGAGGCUAGAGAUCGGAGUGCAGAGUGUCUAUGAAGAUGUGGCCAGAGAUACCAACAGGGGCCACACUGUGAAGGCAGUGUGUGAAUCAUUCCACCUGGCCAAAGAUUCUGGUUUCAAAGUGGUGGCGCAUAUGAUGCCUGACCUGCCGAACGUGGGACUGGAGAGAGACAUCGAGCAGUUUAUUGAAUUUUUUGAGAACCCUGCUUUUCGUCCUGAUGGUUUGAAGCUCUACCCUACCCUGGUGAUCCGUGGGACUGGUCUGUAUGAAUUGUGGAAAUCAGGAAGAUACAGGAGCUAUUCUCCCAGUGACCUGAUUGAGCUGGUGGCUCGGAUCCUAGCCCUUGUGCCCCCAUGGACUCGUGUGUACCGGGUGCAGAGAGACAUUCCAAUGCCCCUCGUCAGCUCAGGAGUAGAGCAUGGCAACCUGCGUGAGCUGGCAUUUGCAAGAAUGAAAGAUCUUGGAAUACAGUGCCGAGAUGUGAGAACCAGGGAGGUUGGAAUCCAAGAAAUUCAUCACAGAGUGCGGCCAUACCAGGUUGAGUUGGUGCGGAGAGAUUAUGUUGCCAACGGUGGCUGGGAAACCUUCCUGUCCUAUGAAGACCCUGAACAGGACAUCCUGAUUGGCCUCCUGAGGCUACGGAAGUGCUCCCAGGAAACCUUCCGAUUUGAAUUAGGUGGAGGCGUUUCCAUAGUCCGAGAGCUGCACGUGUAUGGGAGUGUGGUCCCUGUGAGCAGCCGGGAUCCCACUAAAUUUCAGCAUCAGGGGUUCGGCAUGCUGCUGAUGGAAGAAGCGGAAAGAAUCGCUCUGGAAGAGCAUGGAUCUGGGAAAAUCGCAGUCAUAUCAGGGGUCGGCACAAGAAAUUACUACCGAAAGAUUGGCUACAGAUUACAAGGCCCGUACAUGGUGAAGUUGCUAAAAUAAUGGCCACAGCAGUCUACCUUCGCGCAGUGUCCUCUCUGACAGAAGAUUCAAGUGCGGUCUCCUGAAUCCCCAGCAGAGGCUGAGGAGGUAAACGGCCUGCACACUCCUGUACAGUACCCUGCCCUCCCCACUGUGGCGGCUGCUGCUCACAAUUCUGACCCCUGUGACAGAGGCCAAACCCACCUCUUUAUGUGCCCGUGGAGCCACUUCUGGUUUUGAGGCUUAAAUGAUUUUUCCAGUUUCUAAAUUCUGCAUGAAGGCUGCAGGUGACCCAUUUUGGCUCCUGCGCUGUGACCAGAGCAAAUCAACUCCUUCAGCCACCAUUACUUGUGAUUGUCAUCCGAGGGGCAGCCUCGGGAGAAGAUUAUUUAUAUAUUCAAAGACAAAAGCCGGACUGCAGCGCAGACAAGCUGUCAGACAUGGCUCUCUCCCCUCCACUACAUGCACAUUUUCCCUAGAAUUUAGAAAAGGAGCUUUGCACUGGAAAUCUCCAGUCUUGAGUGACUCUGCUGUGUCUUGAAAUGUGCUGUGUUUGGGGAAAGAAGAGCUGAGGUGGUGGGUUGUGUUACUAAGCUUGACGCCAGCCGUCUCCAGCCCAUCCUGUCAGAAGCCUGCCGUGACCCGGGCCGUAUCAGAAGCCUUUCCUUUGUCUCACGUCUGUGAAAGUCUCUAUGUCCAUACCCCUGACACCUGCUGCCUUCAGCAUGCUGGGCUAGCUUGUGUCAGCCAGUUCAUGUGUCCUGAGCAGACAUGGUCCAGAAUGCAUAGCUAGAGCCUCAUGCCCCUGGUCAGGACUAGUCCAUCCUCAGAAGCGUCUCUGCAUGUUAAUUCUAUAAGGUAGGCGGUGUUGAUGGUUCUGCAUGAAGAAGGUAGGACUUAGGCUGGUGUGUGAAAGCAGGCCUGUCUGACCUGCAUGGAGGGCAUGGCUUUCCAGACGCUUCUUCACCAUCCAUCUUGUCCACUGAGGAGGCCAGGCUCUGAGAGUCAGCCUGCCUAACCUGGGCAUCUGGCCUUUCCAGCAGUGUUUAGUGAAAGCUGUUCUCUAAAAGUCUGAAAAAUAAAGUGUUUAGCGUAAAAGAA